GUCCAUCUAGCAGCUGUAAAACUACGUGCUUUUAGGUCGGAUGUGUAGAAUAGCGAAUUUGGCGUAGGUAGAAGUGGAGUAUAGCGGAUUUGCUUAGGUCGAAAGAUACACCAUCCAUUUAUGUAACCUAAUGCCAUAAACCUACUGAAAAUUAGUCCAAUUAUUAAAAUUAAAGCUUUCAAAUUACGUCCCAAUAUACACCGACAAACUAUUGUCGAAGAUAAAGGUCCAGAAUUAUUUAUCUGUCAUCUUUGUCAUCGGCAAAUAUAGUCGGUUAAAAUGUUUCCUGGGUAGGCCCCUAAGCCCGUCUUAGCCGCAGCGCUCGGACCCCUGGUCUGUUCUUACCGCUGUGCUUGGCACAGAAAUACCUUGAGAUUUUUACAGAAUAUAAAAUUUUCACCUUUUUUUCAGAAUUUAUAUAAUUAAAAAAAACCAGUAUUAUGAAGGAAGAAAGACCACCUGAACCAGAAGGAAAAGAGCUUCUAGAUCUCUCCUACCGACCACCUCCUUCUCCUACGCCAGCUAGUAUUCUUCCUACUCCUACUCCAAGUAGUAUUCUACCUACUACUACUCCAAGUAGUAUUUUACCUACUCCUACUCCAAGUAGUAUUCUAUCUACUCCUACUCCUACUCCUGACCAUGGUUCAAGUUUCUGGGAGGAGUUUUUAGAAGAGAGCAGAGCACAUGAGAACUGUACUAUUCUAGCACAAGAUGGGCAGUUCAGAACGCAUAAACUUCUUCUCUAUGAUAUUCCGUUCCUUAGAUCUCUACUUCUUCUAGAAGAUGCCGGGGAUGAAUCUGUAAUCUUACUCCCGGAUUUCUCCAUGGAAGAAGUACAGACUGCCAUGCAGUAUAAUACCGUAUACAAGAAUUAUCUGGCCGAUCUUCUGGACAAUUGCUUCCAGGUGCUUCAAGGUAUAACGCUGCUUUUAAAGUAAAAGGGAGUGGUCGCCAAAAAUGAAAUAUUUAUGACCCAUAG